UAACACCACCUGCAUGUUUUGUUGUGAUAUAUUUCUAUUCUGUUUCAUGGAGCGCCAGUCCUUACUUUAAUUGCUAUUUCUGCCAAAUUGUUACUACGAAAAAAAUCCACCGUUCCGUGUAUGUUACCCAACCUGUACGGAAAUUCCAAGAUGUCUCCAACGUUCUAGUGCGUCGGAAUUUUUGUUGCCUAAUAUACCUCAAAGCAUAAAUUUUAUCGCUGCAUUCUGGCCGCCGCUGACGGCAAGUUGGUAGCAGAUUUGAAAUCAACAGCCUAUGCGGGCGAGUUUGACGCCAGGUCUUAACAUGUCCGCAUCGCGCCUUCUUCGGAGGUUGUAGAUGGCAGAAAUUUUCCUUUUGCGGGCCUUGCGCAUACCUUGCACUGAAUAUCCAAGGACAUCACGCUACAAUCAGCAUCAUGGAUGACACCAAGCUCAAGCAGAAAUGUCAAGUCGUUCUUGUGGACUGUUUCAAAGGGUUUGGACCAGUCUUGGAUAACUAUGCUGAGGAACAAAGUCCGACCAACCACCCGAAACUGCCUUCCGAUGGACAAUGUGCCUCAAAUUUAAACACAUUUGGACAGGAUAGCCUCAUUAGUGGCGGUAAUAAGGGAGUUGAAACUAAUAAUUCCAUUAUUUGUGAUAAAAAUCAGUCUCAGGUGGUGCUUAAAUCUAUUUAUAAGAAUCCUAACGGAGAGAAGAAAAUUCGAACAACCAGAAGUUUUGAGCGUGUACCUACGUCAAUGAUUCCUCAACACCAUGAAAAUCAUCACCUAGACAAACUUGAUAAAAAUAAGCAGCACAAAAUAAAAAUCAGUAAUAUCAAUGUAAAUACCCGUGAUAGUGGUGGAUGUUUAGGUGUUCCAAAAAAUGGUACGCUACCUAGAUCAUCAACCAACAAUUUGGAUUGUAAAGGCGGAAACCCUCAUGAACCAGCAUCAACUGAUGAGUUAUUAUUGGAUCCAAAAACUGGGAAACUUUACAAACCUGUAGCAUCAACUAAUGAGUUUAUUUUGGAGCCAAAGGACAGGAAAGUGUCUAAAGCUGCAGCAUUGGCCAAUCAUUCACUUGUGGGUCAAGAAGACAGGAAAAUGUCCAAACCUGCAACAUCAACUAAAGACUUGAUUUUGGACCCUAAACAGAAGAAACCAUGCAACACUGUGGGUUCAGCUGAUGAGUUGGUUUUGGAUCCAAAAGAGGGGACGCUGUGCACAAACCCUUCAUACCCAAUGCCUUCAGUUGGCCUCACCGUAAAUGCUGGAAUUGGACACCCAUUACCCUCUUUGUCAGCUAAGUGUGUACUAACGUGCCUUGAUGAGUGCAAGAAUUUACUGACAUCAGAAUAUGCUGAAUUUUGCUCUGCAGUCGUGAAAAGUUCACCUCUUCAAAAGAAUAAAAGAUUGAUUUUGCCCAUCAAGGAUGACCGAAUUCUUCAGCUCAUGCAGAUAAAGUGGAAUUCUAAAAGUUCUGUAAAGCAGGUCUCUUUGCCUGAUUCCUUGAACUCUAAUGUAUUGACAGACAACCAUUCAACCAAAUCUGAAAACCAUUCUGAGUUCUCUUUGUCUGGUUCCUUGAAUGCUGCUUCAUCAACUGCAAAGCUUACAGCUGAACCUGGAAAGGAUUCUCAGGUAAACGAGAAUUGUGAGAAUAAACAGUUAGGCAACCAGACUGCUCCACAUCCAGUCACCAAGAGGAAGUAUGUGAAGAAGAAGUGGCCUGCACGCGACCAGAGCGAUGGAAGCAAUUUUAGUUCUGGAAGUGAAUGGGUAUCUUCUCGGAAGCGAACCAGACUGUCAUUAUUGAAUGAUGAUAAAAAGAAAGUUUCAUCGCUUGAGACAGGUAUUUCAAAUCAAAAUAUCCCUGGUAUGAACUUGCCUUCUGUCGACUCUGAGAAGAGUGUUCAGUCCCAUACAAAAACUUUGACCAACCCUUUAGAUAGUGAUGAUGACGAAAUGCGUACAGUUACAAAGAAAACUGCGUUUGAGAUUUUAGAGGCACCAUAUGAUCCAGAUGACAUCAGAGGUAUAAACAAGUCUGAAGAGAAGGUGGUGAAACCUAAAGAAAUAACUCAUGGCAAAGCAUCUUCACAUGUUUUGCAUGAACUUCGCCGUCUGAAUGUAGCUGUAUUUGAUAUGCCUGCCUCUUUGGAAAGUGUGGUGUGCGGAACACCUGAUAUUUGCCGGCUAGGAUGUGUGUGCAGCAGUCUUUUUUCAAGAGUUGUGAGAGACAAUUGUGGUCUAGAAAAAUGUAUGUUCGGUUGUAGUUGUCUCAAGACUCCAAGUAUUAACAGAGGGAAUCAAUCUUACACAUGGGUACAGAACAAAGCAAAACAAAAUCUAGCAAAAGAAGAACGUUUCUUCAAGCAAACAGUGGUGCGGUCCGGCAAAGAUGAUUUAAUUCUUGUUGAAGGAAAGAGAAAAAGAGAAAUUAAGAUGCCCAAGAAAUAUUCUGAUGAUUAUCUAUCCUUCUCAGAUGUAAAACAAUCUAAAGCCUCUAAAGACUGGUUGUGCCCUGGUGAAGAAAUUCCUAAUAAUGUUGGCAGCCACUCUAAGCAGGCUAAAAGAGUAAAGCCUGCAGUACCUUCUUCAACAAAUGAUGAAAACCCGCCUAAUCCAUCAACUGACAAAGAGCCCACCUCAGAACCUUCAAAUCCAGUUCUCCAUGACUCUGCCCGAACUGCAUUCUACGAUUAUAAAUCAAGCAAUUUGUUUCAAUACAAGCAGGAACAACUUCAAUCUGAUGAAUCCGCUGAGAAAAUUGAUGCUGGGUCUGAGCUUUUUAAAAUAACAUCAAUUCAGUCCCUUGACCAAAACGAUUGGGAAGAUUUUGGCAUCGACAACUCUGCUGAUUCUGUUGCUCUGCCAUCCUGCUCAUAUUUGUUUGAUGUAAAUUGUGUGAAGAAAAGUCCUGGCCAGGUCCACAUCCUAGCAUGGGAUGCGUUGUAUAAUGACAUUGUCAGUGAGACAGUAUUUGUGUGGUAUCAACCAUGUCAGCCAAAACCAAAUGUAUACUUAACCAAUACUCCUAAUGCACCUUCUUAUGAUUGCCUGAAUCUUCACCAGAUUGAUGUGGGAAGCGAAGCAUUCAAAUCUUUUCCAAAUCAUUUAAAGGCUCUUAAGACUGGGUGGAUGCCUGGACCAACAACAGUAAAUGAUGUGUGCUGGGUUGUGAUAUUUCAGGGAUCUAACUGGAUGAUUGUGGGAUACAUACGACGGAAGCAACCUUAUGGCUUGUCUGAACAGGUGGAAGAGGCGGAAAAGACUUGUCACAGUGGAGAGGUAGACAUUCUUCCAUCAAUCGAUGAAGACUAUCCAAGUCGCUGGUGGGUGAUGGAUUUAAGUCAGAACUUUGACUUAGUGUACUUCAUGGAUUCCAAGAAGGCUCUGACAAAACGCCAAAUGAAAACACUGCUGAGAUUGUCAAAUGAAUAUUCUGAGAGUGAAAACAAAGUUCAUCGUAUUCUUCUCAAUCGACAAAGGCCUAAUAUAAAUGACGCCCCAACGUCAUGCCCUGAUUUUGGAGCUUACAGCAUAUCAAAUCAUCCCAAUAAAGUAUUUAUUGGUCCGUAUCAUUCCUUCAAUGAACCCAAAUUUCAGGUGUACAGUCAGAAGGCUGCACCCAAUGGCAAGAUCCAAUUUUUGUGCGUUCCCCUUUUCUAUUGCGGGGAUGAAGAAUGUGUUCGAGUCACGUCUCAGGGGGUGUUAUCUCUCCAUUCAGAAUCUCUGCCUGAUGAUCAUGUUAAGGGAUUCUGGUACCAGAGCUGUGGAAACAAUUUAAGGGAAUCCAGUGAAAAGCCACAACUUGCUGAUACUUCAAGUGAAAUAAAAUCUUCAGAUGGCGGAAGUUCAGGAGAUUUGAUGGAAGUGGAGGAAGAUGAGGAAAGCUCAAGUGAUAUAUCUGUAGGGGAUCACAACAAUGAUAAGCUGCCUGAGGAUACUUCAGUUAGCGUUCUUCAAAAUGUUGAUUCAGUGAGUCCUUCAAGUGAAAGUGUUGUCAGCAGUCAAGAUUCGAGUGAUGAUGAUGAAUCUGACAUCCAAUCUGAUAUUGAAGGAGGGGAACCCAGGCUGGUAUAUAUGGUUCCUAAUGACUCCAAUAUUGGAUAUGUGACACUAACAUACCUUCCUGGGGGAGCAAUAUCUGUACCACAUUUCACGGAGACUGCCUCACUUAAGUUUUACCAUCACAGAUCAGAAGUUGUCAAUGAAUUGAACAGACUUAUCCACAGAAAGUUAUCAUGCUUGAGUAGAAAGUGUUCAGUUUUUCUGAAGGAUGAUGAUUUGUGCACUUGUGUUCAUUGGAGUUUCACUAAGAAAAAUCCAAACUGUGAUGAGCCCAAGUUCACUCCAGAGAUCUUCAAUGGGUUCUUUAUGUUAACUAACUACGGACUGCUAGAUUUACGAUCAGCUGAAGAAAGCAUUGUUCAAAAACUGGGCAAGGAUUGGGUGGAAUGGAUGAAAAAUGAUCAAAUCAGAUUAAAACUUCAGCACUGGAAAAGUAAGGAGGAACAAGAAGUUUUGGAAAAGAAGUUGAAAACAAUUUUAUCUGCUAACCAGGACUUACCACUGCUUGAAGUUCUGUCAAAGGCUACUGAUGAAAUAGCAAAACUGAAGGCAGAAGACCAGCUGCUAGACUAUGAAAGUCAGUCCCAGAAAAUGCUGAAAGAAACACUCAUCAGUUCUCUGUGCCGCAAACUUGAAGGUAUUCCUGUGGAGGUUGUUCCUCAAUUCUUGGAGCACUUGGAAUUCAGUCUGCUUUGGGAAGUAUUGGAAUGUAUGAACAAUCGGAAAACUGUAUUGAUAUCAGUCAGUAAGUCAGCAUCUCAAAUGAACGGUAAAACUAAUGUCAAGAAAAGGCGUGGAAAGAAGAAGAUGCGACCUAAGAAUGUAAAUUCAAAACUGGCACCCAAAGCUGCACCCAAACCACAAAUCUCCAGCCCACGAAGGAGAGCCCUGCAGUACAUGGAGAGGCUAAGGGAAGAAAUCAGACAGGAAGAAAUGCAAAAGUUGAAGACUCAAGGGAAGAAUCCACAGACUUCUCAGAAAAAACUACAAGUACCUCCAAAAACAUUGCAGAAAGUACAAGAACCAAUUUCACUGUUAAAAACUUCACGCAAUCAAGUGGCCUCCCUUGAAUCUAGUCCCAGUUCAAGCUCAACAAAUGACGGGCUGCAGUUCAAAGAAGGUUUAGCUUGUAGAAUGGCUCCAUUUUCCCGUAUCAACAUUUGUGUUGAGGAAGGAGGAAUCAAACACUUGCCGGUCAUGUCGCCACCAUUGAUGAAGUCACCUAAAGGGUCUCCAGAAAAGCCAAACAUUCUUCGCAAGAGUAAACCAACUUCAGUUGGGGUUACAUCCCCCGUAAGACUACAGGCUCAAAAGCAAGCUCGGAAACAGGUUUUUCAAAACAAGCUGGAAGAACCACUUUACCAUGAGAAUUCUGUAACAAAUAUGCCUGAUUCAUCUGCCACUCCAGUAGAUUCUGAUUUUGACCCCAUUUCUUCUCUUCGUAUAGCUUCUGUUGUUUCUCAAGCCACCAGUGCCUCUUCACAGGACCCAGAUGAACUGAACCCUUUGGAAUUGAGCAGCACUGUGUGUCAAGGACCUGUGGAAACUUCUGUAGCAAACUGUGUUGAUCCUGUAUCUUCCUUGCGUAUAGCUAAUGUUUUCUCGACCAGGGAUGUCUUCAAAACAUCCCCUCAAGCUAAUGAUUUUUCUUCUUCUCAUCUGCAUUCUGAUCCUGUAUCCUCUUUGCGCAUAUCCUCAGCCAGAUCUGAUGCAAUUUCUUCCAUUUCAUCUUCUUUGUCAGCGAGCCUAGCUACUGGUGAUCUCUCAACACCAUUCUUGAAAUCAAAUGGACCAGUGCCUUUAAUUAAAUCAGCAAAAAUUAUCUCCGGUUCUGUAAUAAGUAGAUCUAUGGCAGGGUCUUCUCAGAAUACUGGUCAGGCUGUCUCAAAACCCACAACAACCUUGUUUAAUAAUUUUAUUGUUUGCUCCAAAAACAAUGAAAAACAGGUCAAAGGUGUUGUACCCAACACUUUCAACCUGCUUUCUGGCAAAAGUAUUUCUGCUGACAAAAAAUUGAAAACCGUACAUGUUAUGAAGGAUAAUGCCUUUAUCACAUUUCACUCCAAAGUUCCAACUUCAAAUGUUUGGAACCAGUCUAUUCUCAGUAAAGCUUCAAACUCUUUACCAUUAAUUAAGAACCAGCAUAAUUCUGAGGGUGCGUCUGCUUCAAAAUAAAUUUAUAUUCCCAACUUACAGUUGCAUUUUUAAGUUUGUUAAAAAAAAUUAAUUAGAUCACACACAUUGAAAAAAACAUUGUUAUGUGAUUGCCUGACGGUUUCUUUGGAAUCUACACCUUUUUUUUCCAGAUCUUGACAGAUACAUGUUAACGCUAGCAUUAGGUUGUUUUGUUUGCUUUAUGUCUUUUUUCAAUUGUUAUGUUAUAUGAUAUAGUGUAUUUGUCUGUGAUAUUAUUUAAGUGAUAUUAUGUUCAUUCCGAUAAUGUUAGUUGGUUCAAGUCAGAGUUCAGUAAUAUACCUCACCAUAUUUUUAAGUUUUGCCAUGUUACAAGGUUGAUCUUAUUGUAUUCUGAACUAUGAACCAAGAGUUUGAACUGUACCGUGAAUGCCUUAAACUUUCUUCUUUUUCUCUUUCAUGCCAUUUUCACCUUUUUGAUAUAACACUUGUAAAAAAUAA